AUGGAGAACGACCUCGACAUCAAGCACGAGGACGAGAAGCCUCGUGCUCUCGCGGAUGGCGACCAGGACAACAGACCAAGGGUCCAGCACGGCGGCAAGAGGCCUAUCGACCCCUUCGCUGAAGACGAUGAUGACGACGAAGAACAGGACGAGAGGCGUAGGGACGAAGACGACGAUGAAGAUGACGACGACGACGAGGACGAUGAGGAUGACGACGAUGAGGAUGAGGAGGACGAGGAAGACGGUGGACGCGCUUACCGCAGACGAGCCAAGAAGCAACGUCGCAAUCGUUUCCUCGAUGUCGAAGCCGAGGUCGACGAUGACGAAGAGGAUCUCGACGAGGAGGAGGAAGAGUUGGCACGAGAGGACGGCUUCAUCGAAGAGGACAUCCCCGACGACACCGAGGACGUACAGAGGCGCGCUGCUGCCGACAACCAGAGGCUCGACCGGUUCCGACGACAGGAGGAAGACACCAACGCCGAAGCGCUCGCAGAAGAGCUGCGCCAACGCUACGGCCGAUCUGCUCGCUAUGCUGCGCAGUCCGACUACGCCGAGGUGCCACAGCGCCUGCUCAUGCCCUCCGUCGAAGAUCCCAGCUUGUGGGGCGUUCCGUGCAAGCCUGGUAGAGAGCGAGACAUUGUCAUGACGCUCGUCCGCAAGGCCAUGGCGGAGAACUUCACGUCUAGCCCCAUGCGCAUCAUUUCGGCUUUUUGCCGUGAUACCAUUCCCGGCAGAGUCUAUGUCGAAGCUCGCCGAGCUGAUGAUGUCGUCAAAGCCUGCAAUGGUCUCGCGGGUGCCUAUGCACGACAGACCACGUCGCUCCACCUCAUCCCCAUCUCGGAAAUGGCCGACUUGCUCAAGCUUCAGAAGGUGCAGAACGAAAUCCAAGUAGGCGGCUGGGUCCGUAUCAAGCGUGGCAAGUACGCUGGAGAUUUGGCACAGGUCCUCGAUGUAUCUGAGAACGGCGAGGAAGUCGGACUCAAAAUGAUCCCUCGUAUCGACCUCAACCCGAAGGACAGCGGCCUUUAUACCGACAGUCUCGGACGCAAGAGGAAGAAGGGCGCAGGCUCGUCCGCCACGACCGUCGCCUUCAGACCACCACAGCGAUUCUUCAACCCCGAAGAAGUGCAAAAGGCCUACCCUAAGGACACGCCCACCAAGCGCGGCAGUCAGUGGGUGUUCCAGAACGACAGCUACCGCGAUGGCUACUUGGAGAAGGACGUCCGAGUCACGGGUAUCAUCACCGAAAACGUCAACCCCACUCUCGACGAGAUCACCAAGUUUGCGGGUGAGAGCUCCAUGGAGGAUGGUAUUCAAAAGCUGGGUGCCGUCGAUCUCAGCCUGAUCGCCGAUGCAAGCAAGAAGGCGACCGAAGCGCUCUUGCAACCAAAAGACCAGGUCGAGAUCUUCGAAGGAGAGCAGGCCGGUGUCUACGGUAUCGUCAAGGCCAUCAACAACGAGAUCAUCACCAUCCAGCUCGAGCACGAAGACCUCAUGGACCAAGUCGUCGAGGUACCGGCACGCAGCGUUCGCAAGCGUUUCAAGCCUGGUGACCAUAUCAAGGUCAUGUCGGGCAAGCACGCCGACGAGACGGGUCUGGUGGUCAAAGUUGAAGACAACGUGACGACUUUCCUCUCGGAUCUGUCCAUGGCCGAGGUAUCGGUGUUCAGCAAGGAUAUUCGCCAGGCUGCCGAGGUGGGCUCCGGUGUCAACGUCAUCAGUGGCUACGAGCUGCACAACCUGGUUCAGCUCGAUGCUCAGACCGUGGGUAUCAUCUUCAACAUCGAACGCGAAAGCUUCAAGGUGCUCGACCAGACUGGACAGGUGGUCUCGGUCAAGCCGCACCAGAUCAGCUCCAAGAAGGACACCAGCCGUGCGUUCGGUCUCGAUCACGACGGCAACGAGAUCCGCGCUGGAGACAUGGUCAAGGAAGUCGCGGGUCCCUUCUCACGCUUGCGUCAGGGUCAGGUGCUUCACAUCUACCAGUCGAUGAUCGUCUUCCUGCACAAUCGCGAGUACACGGAGAACGGUGGCGUUUUCAUUGCGCGUGCUCGUACACUCGAGCCCUUGGCACCGAAGAGCGUGUCGACCAAGACCAAGAAGGACGGCGGCGACCUGUCCAAGAUGAAUCCAGCGCUGUCCAACCUCAGCGGUGGAGGUGCCAACGACGUCCGCGUCGAAGGAGUGCGCCGUUUCGGUGGACGCGACAUGCACAGGGGCAAAAACGUCGCCAUCAUCAAGGGGCCUUACAAGACCUACCGCGGUCGCAUCACCGAGACGACGGGCAACAUGGCGCGCAUCGAGCUCACCUCGGUCUCGAAGCCCAUCACUGUCAGCCUCGACUGGCUGGUGGAGAAGGACCCCGUCACCGGCCGCAGCACCAAGCUGACCGGGAGUGGUUCGGGUCCGCCGAGUCGUGGCGGAUACAACGGAGCGGGCUCGAGCAUGGGCGGUGGCAUGUCGAGCAAUCCCUACUCGUCCAGCGGCAGCUCGAUGGGCGCUCCUGGCGGCUACAAUCCUUACGGCGGCUCGCAGCCCAUUUCGGCAGGAGGCGGUUACGGAUCGUCUUCGAACGGCGCUGGAGGCGGCUACGGCGGCUACUCGCAGCCUGUCGCUUCCUCAGCCUCGAACGGCGGUGGCUAUGGUGGUGCAGGCGGCAUCGGUGGCCGAACACCUGCUUACAAUCCUUACGCAGGCGAUGGUGGCAAGACGCCGGCCUAUAAUCCCUAUGGAGACGGUGGCAAGACGCCAGCUUACAACCCGCUAGGUGACGGAGGCAAGACACCUGCCUACAACCCAGCAGCAGACGGAGGACGCACCCCGGGGUACAAUCCGUACGCCGGCGAUGGGUGGUGA